AUGCGCAAUACCAAAAGGUGGCACCACGGUUUAGGCACUUCUUCGUCCAGUUUCCUGUGCAACUCAACUAGUGAACCCCCCUCAGCCCCAUCCCCCUAUCAAAGGUCCGUUACAUUUUUGUAUAUGGUCAAAGGUUGGCCAAUGGUAUUCAGGCCUCGACGGGUCAAGCGUGCGAAGCAGCACCAAGACCCUCCCGCCCUCCCUCAGUACGUCGGGGCACGGCAGAAGCCUCUCUCACGGAGCUGGGAUCCAGUGCCAGCCCUGUCUCCCCGCGGACUCCUCCGACGGGGUAAAAAGGCAAAAGGGGGCCGGUCGCAAGUGACACAUGUCCCUGCGAGGCUACGAGACGAAAUCUCUGAUUCCGCAGUUGAAGAAGAAGAAGAGGAGGAGGAGGAGGAGGAUGGGGAGAAAAAGGAGGAUGAGGAGGAGGAGGAAGAUGAGAAGGAGGAGGAAGAGGAGGAGGAGGAGUUGGAGGAGAAGGAGGAUUAG